AUGUUUUAUUAUAUCUCAAAAAAUUACGAAGUUUUAAUUGUUAACGUUGAGAGACAUACAUUUUAUAACUUGCCUAAUUUAACUGUUCUCACUUUGGAUGAGAAUAAAAUAACAAGACUUGUUUCAGAGACGUUUUAUGAAUUGCCGAGUUUACAUAAAUUGUACUUAACUAGUAACAAUAUAAGUGUCAUAGAAGAUGGUACAUUCAGACAUCUUGUAAACUUACUAGAACUAGAAUUAGAUAGGAACAACAUAAACGAAUUAAAGAAGGAAUGUUUUGAUGGACUCGCGAAUCUAAAGCGUCUAGACUUGAGAAGAAAUAAAUUGACCGUAUUGAAAUCGUUUACAUUCACUGAGCUUUGGAAUCUUCAAGAGUUGCUACUGGAUUAUAAUGAAAUUCAUGCAUUAGCACAGAGGACUUUUGAUGGGUUGUCUUUAUUAAAGAAACUGAGCUUAAGUCAUAAUAAACUUAUAGCUUUGAUUAGCGGAUUGUUUGAAGGAGUUAGAGGUCUAUCGGCGCUGGACUUACGACAUAACAAACUGAAGAGAUUCACAUAUGAUAAUGUUAAACCUAUUUAUGACAAUUUGAAAAAUCAGAAGAGCUACAUCUAUUUGGAAGGUAAUGACUUCGAUUGUGAUUGUCAUUUGGCAUGGAUGCACAAACUACGUCAUGAGGCCAGAAGCAUAAAAGUACGGACAUCACUAGAAAACUUUGUCUGCAAAUUCAACAUCGAUCCAGCUAUGAACUCUCAUUUGACUUAUUAUGAAAAAACUAUUAUUGACACUAACAAUAUAUUUAUAGACGAGAAACCUCCGGAUAAGGAAUAUAAAGAUACAGAUGAUUUACAAGAUGAUAUAGACGAGGAAUUCAUUGAGGAACCGAAAGUAAUUAAGAAGGAAAAUGAAAGAACUCUGUUGCAGAUUCCUGUUGAACUGCUACCUUGUCCUGCAGCGGUAAAAAGUGUUACCGAUAGAACGUACACUUAUCCAUCACAAAAUGAAGCUAAAGAUUACAGAAAUUUAAUUCUCACAUCUAAAUCAAAUAAAUUCGAUAUAUCACUUGAACACCGCUACCGGCACUGGUGUCGACGCGUCAGCAAAAGGAGUCUUUACAACAUGGGAUCCUAG